AUGGAUUCGAAACCGAGCUCUGCCGCUAAACGUGUCCGUCCAUUGGGUGGAAGUGAACCUUACAGAUAUUAUCCACAAGCUACAGGGACGGACUCUGGGAAGGAAGACGUGAAACAGGAGGUUGUACGGCUAGGAGUCUCGCUCUCACUCUAUGUAGCUGAAUCCAUGUUCUUGCUGUGCGAUGACAUUGGUACUAUGUUGUCCUUCUCCUACAAGCUAUGGAAAUAUACGUUACCUCCUUCGGAUCCCGUGUCACAGAGUCUGCUUCGUGUGAUUCACUACGUCUACUCUAACGACAUCAAACCGAAGAAGAGAGUUUGUCAGGAUGGUGGCAACUCGGUCCAGUGGGAGUUGAUCAGGACCAGUUGGAAGGACUUCACCGAGGGAGUCAUAGUUUUGCACCGCCUUGUUUACAUUCUCAGAAGAAGAGAUAUAAUUUUUGAUGAUCGACUAUUAUCCUCGGCCAUUGCAAAAUACAAGCAAGUGCUGAAGAAGCUAGAGGAUAAACUGAGGUCGGCAAAAGAUGUUUCAGAGGCGAAUGGUUUUGCGAGGGAGACAAUAGAGUCCAACAUUUCUCACAUGUGGAUGUCUCUCUUUGAUGAAGAAGCUGACCAAGGAAAAGCAACAACAGAAGAGAUGAGGAAUAUGAUUCUUAGCGACGUGUUUCAGCCUGUUUUGGGCAAAUCUUGGCAUAGCCUGAUACCGACACCACCCGUAUAUUAUCCUUUCAUUCUAGGGAAGGAUUUUGCAAAGGAGAAUAUGAAAGAGGAAGUUUUGGGACUAGGAGUUGAGCUCUCGCUGUAUGUGGCUGAAUCGAUGUUCUUGUUGUGCGAUGACGUUCGUAGCACGUUACGUUUCUGCUUGAACAUAUGGAGAGAUUACCUGAAUCCUGAUAGUUACAUAUGGAGAGAUUACCAUAAACCUGAUGGUUCCUUGUGGGGAACGUUGCUUCGUGUAAUGCAUUACGUAUACACAAUACAUAUCAAACCGAAGAAGAACGGAGUGUAUCGGAUUGGUGGCGAGUCGGUCCAAUGGGAAUUUGUCAGGACGACUUGGGAGAGUUUUGAUGCUGGUUUAAGAGAUAUGCAGUUCCUUAUUAGGUUCCUCAGGAUACGAGGAGGAGCAGUCUCGGAUUGCCGAGAAUUCACAACUCGUAUUGAAGAAUCGAUGAAGAAGGUGGAGGAGAAGUUGAGGUGUGCCAAAGAUGUUUCCAAGGCGAAUGGGUUUGCGAGGGAAGCCAUGGAGUCUAACAUUGCGGACUUGUGGAAUUAUUCUCUCUUUAACAGAGAAACCCAGGAGUCAUGGACUCUGGAAGUGAUAAGGGAUGAUAUGUUUUCUGAGCUGUUUCAGCCUCUUCUCAAAGAAGAAGAAGAAGCAAAACAGCCUCUUGUCUAA